UUGCUGAAUGGAGACACCUGACAGCUCAUAACGCCAUGGCAGCGUGUUGACUGACAUCUUUGCAGCAGUGACGGCUAUAGGAAUGUGGAAUUCAAGUCUGUCUCAGCGUAAAAGGACCUUCCUCUGCCCCUGACACCAUGACCACAGACCUGAACUUGACCUCCCUGCUGAAUGUAACCGAUUUCCACAAUCACACCAGAGGAUGUUCCCUCACCAGGACCGGUUUCCAGUUCUACUACCUGCCCACUGUUUACAUCAUGGUCUUCAUCACGGGGCUGGUGGGCAACAGCCUGGCCAUCUGGAUGUUCGUGUGCCACAUGAGACCCUGGAGCAGCAUCUCCGUCUACAUGUUCAACCUGGCGCUGGCUGACUUCUGCUACGUGCUCUCCCUGCCCUUCCUCAUCUUCUACUACUUUAACAAAACAGACUGGAUAUUCGGGGAUGUCCUGUGCCGACUGCAGCGCUUCAUCUUCCAUGUGAAUCUGUACGGGAGUAUCUUGUUUCUGACCUGUAUCAGUGUGCACAGGUACACCGGGGUUGUUCACCCGCUCAAGUCUCUGGGAAGACUGAAGAAGAAAAAUGCGGUUAUUACCAGCGCGUUGGUGUGGGCAGUGGUUGUUAUAGCGAUCUCCCCCAUCCUGUAUUAUUCCAGGACUGGCUUGAAGCGCAACGCCACCACUUGUUAUGACACCACCACUGAGGACGAGUUACCUGGUUAUUUCAUCUACAGCAUGACUUUGACUGUGUUUGGGUUCUGCAUCCCCUUCAUCAUCAUAUUGUGUUGCUAUGGCAUGAUUGUCAAAGCGUUGAUCUGCAACGAUAUGAACAACGCGCCCCUGCGGCAGAAGUCCAUCCACCUGGUCAUCAUAGUCCUGGCAGUCUUCGCCGUCUCCUACCUGCCUUUCCACGUGAUGAAGAACCUCAACAUGAGGGCCCGGCUGUACUUCCAGGGCCCUGACAUGUGUGAUUUUAAUAACCGCGUCUACGCCACCUACCAGGUGACGCGGGGGCUGGCCAGCCUCAAUAGCUGCGUGGAUCCUAUUCUUUACUUCCUGGCUGGUGAUACCUUCAGGAGGAAGCUGUCACGGGCCACUAAAAAGCCCUCCAGGAAGGGGGACAACGUCCUUCAGUCCAAGAGCGAGGAGACGGCUCUCAACAGCCUGGCAGAGUAUGUGGAGAAUGGGGACCGGAGGCUGUGACAGGGCACAUCUGUGUGCCUUUGUAUGGGUGCGGAUCUCUGUUGGCUUUCGAGACCGUGACGGACUUUGUAUUGAAUCAAUAAAUGCACUGUGUGGACUGAAGGCUGUGUGUAAAACUUAAUGGUUGAUGGCUUAUAGAACUGUAGGAGAAAAAAUACUUCAUUUAACCCUGUGAUAACCACGCAGCCUGUCGUUGUUGAUAAGCUAUCGUACUGUAUCGUCCUGUACAUGUAUCGUACUCUUAAUGUUAGAGCCAUCACUCUUCAUUCUUAGCGAGUAGACGGUGUUGCUUACACUUUGGACAGAAUUAACAUUAUGAUCGAGCAAGCUGGGGGGAAAUGGGUGUCCCUACAAGCUGUGAUGUCUCGUUCAUCAAUUUGUUCUGGAAAAAGAACGGGACCGAGAACGGAUUGCGCCUCCUCUAGUCGACGAGAUGAUGCUUAAUCAAUAGCUAUUAAGCAGAAGAGAGCUUGUGUUUAAGGAGGUGUAUCUGCGAUGGCUUGGAGAGGGGGAAAAAAGUAAAUGCACUGAACCUGAGACUGCUGCAUGGAUGUGCCGUGCACACAUUGUAAUGCACUAUGACCGGGGACUCUCUGCUCAGAGGGCUACCUAUCACUCCUCAUUUCUUUCUCCAUCUAGUACUGACUGGGGCGAGCAAUGUGGUCGACUAGUUUUUCAUUUUGACAGCUCUGAGGUUAAGAUCCACAACGGCUCUGUUACCACAACCUUCCUCUCCUUGUUAACAUGUUCCUUACAGAAAAAAAGAGAAGAUAAUACAUACAGUAUUUUUGUGUAUAUGAUAUUACGAUGAAUGUUUUUUUUGUUUGUUAGGGUGUGCUGUACAGGAUGUUGUGAUGUUCCAGAUCAAUCUGUGUUGUUAACUGUUUUGUUCAAGUCGUAGUCACUGAUCCAGACCUUUAGUGCAUGAGCCCACGAUCAAAUACCAUCAGUGAAACAGCAGGUUUCAAACUAUUCUAAUGUUUAUUGCCGCAUAGGGAAUAAAUAAUGUCUUGUAAAUGAGCAUAACAGACACACACUCAAUCACCUGCUUUGUGACUCCACCAUAUUGAAGACUUGUUUGUAUGAGAUACCUCAAAGUAAAUACUGCACUAUGUCCGUGUUUUGACAGAUAAUAAUUUCUCUCUUGCGUCUGCUGUAAUCACUGUGGAGAAAUGAAUGUGGAGUGUAUAUUUCAGCCUGGACUACAUAGGUGUUUGAUGUCCGUACUAAUACAUUUGUUAAUCUGUUAUGUGGUCAGCUAUUGCCGAGAAAGGAAGUGAAUCACCUGUACAAGAUAUUUGGGGC